GUCGAUAAUUGGUGUGUUGUUUAUCGUUGUCAGUUCAGUGCACGUGUGACAUCGGCGUAAACGAUCUAAGGCCGAAAUGGCAUCAGAGAAUGAACUGUUUGCCACGGACUAUCCGUUCAAGGGUCAGUCGGAAGAGAACGUGUGUCCUUACAGUCCUGAACAAGUCUUUAACAACCCCUUGAUGGAGGAGGACGAAAGACAAAGGAUACAAGAAUUAAAUCGAACAUAUUCCUGGCACGAACAUGUUUAUAGAAAAGUUAAUGCACGGCCAACACCCCAUUUCAUCGAAAACAUCCUUGGCAUUCAAACCAAAAGGACAACAUGUCCUGACGACGUUCUUCAGAAGGACGACUCUUCCUUACUCCAAGGAUUUUUACCGGCGGAAGUUUCUAAAGUGACUGUUGCAGUGCAAGAUGCCAAUGAACCAUUGAACUUAUCAAUUAAAAGUGAUAAACCAGGACCAAAGACUGUACACCGAGAUCAGCCAAAGAAACGAAAAAAAUUAAAAUUAGGCGAAGCUUUAAUAAAAAAAUCGACGUUUCUCCCUCCCGAUCUGACAGUUGCCCCCUCAGACGAGGGGGAUAUCAAGAAAAAGAAAAAAGCUCGAACUACUUUCACUGGGAGGCAAAUUUUCGAAUUAGAGAAACAAUUCGAACUCAAAAAGUACCUGAGCAGCAGCGAACGAUCGGAAAUGGCAAAGUUAUUAAACGUAACAGAAACACAGGUGAAGAUUUGGUUUCAAAAUCGUCGUACAAAAUGGAAAAAGAUCGAUGCAUCUAGCACUGAUUCGUCAGAGAAUAAAAACCACGUAGUCCAAGACAAGGAAGGCAGUCGAAUAGACGGAUUGAGGAACUUCUCGAAACCGCUUAGCCAAAGCUCAAACUCCAGUAUGGAGAGCGAUUCGAAAAGUCAAACUGCUACAUAUGCCAACACUGAUUCAUAUCAAGAGGCCGAAUCAUUUACCGAUGUUCUCCAAUCUGGACGAACAAGUUUAUCUCCAGAAUCACAAUUUGAAGUUCAAAUGGAUUCUACAAACGACGUACUACUAAAUCUCUCAUUCAAUAUAACGGAUAAGUCUUAAUCUUUGUGUUGUGUAUAUCCAGGAAUUUUAUGUGUUCCGAAAUGGAGUACAAUCGGGUAUUGUUACAUAUUUAGAAUGGUAUUUUUAACAAGUGAUUUAGACGUGUAUUUUCAAAAAAAAGAAGAAAAAAAAAGAAAACAUGGCCAAAUCUUUGGGAAUUCCUUUUAUUGUGAAAGAAACCCUUUUAUGUACA